UGCUCUCAAACUUUCCAAGACUGUAGAAGGAACAACCCUACUCCUUUGUGUGUCAUAAAUUUCUGUUUUUAUUUUUCAAGUGGGAAAUUGAGGCAGAUAUGUGCUUCCUCCAUGACUGCUCCUGACUGGAAUGGGGACUCUGUAAAAUGUUCUCACUGGGCACAUGAUGUGUGCUCCUCGUUAACUCGGUGUUUUAUGUGAGAUAAUAUUCAUAUGUGCUUUCCCAUGGCCUUCAGCCACUCUAGUGGUUCCAGAGGGCUUUGUCUGAUGGCUCUAAAACAGGUGGCUGAGAUUGAGUGACUUUUAUGACCUGAGAAGGGUGAUAAUGGUGCCAAAACUUGCUCUCAGGAGUGUUAUAUUGCUGUCAUGAAAUGCAAUUUGUACAUUAUAGGAUGGAAGACAGUGCAACAUGUAUCUUGGUUCUGAAAUAGGACUGACAGUCCAUCAGUCUGCUGACAGCUAAUAAGCUCUGGUCAUGCCUCAACUUCUAAGUCAUUGAAGCAUUCACUUUGCAACCAUGAAAGCAAAACACCUGUGUAAGCCCCAUAUUUGUGUGCUAGGUGUGCCUCUGCCAUGGAAAACAGCAUAGAUGGGUUCUGCGUUCCUUCAUACUGGUGAGAAACAGCCCAGAGUAGAACUAGAUUAUUCUGGAUUUGCACCAAGCACAGCAAAUAGUGGCAGCUGGGGCACCUCACUGUCUUGGCUGCACCAAUCCAAUGUCUAUGAGGUUCCUUUCCGGCUGAGCAAGAGGAGAAUUCCCUGUAUAUACACUUCAUUUUGGAGAUUGAAAGUAAGAUGUGUGUGACGCUGUGUUGCCUGGCAACAGGCUGGGAGUGAUGGAACACAGGGCAGAUCUUACUGGGGGCUGUGCUGGAGAGGAGCAUCUCCAGCCUGUGCAUGUGGUAGAGGGAAGGGAUGAGUGCUUCAGCAGAUAGGAACGUGCUUGGAGCAAGGUUUCGAAGUUGAUUGCAAUGACUUUUUCUGAGUGACAAGCAUCCACACAAGGCUUCCCUGGGAAUAACAGCACCUCUCUGACCAGUCUCAGAAUGAUCCCAGACCAGCUGUCCUGAGGGACCACGCUCAGCUUAACAGACUGGAGGAGUUAUGAUGGCAAAUUCUGUAUGAAGCUGCCAUGGAGGCAUGAAAGGUUUCUUGGCCCUUCUUUGCAACUCACCUCCUGCCUCAGCAGAAACCACUACUACUGAGAUCCAUCAAAGACUUCCGUGAACCAAAAAAAGCUGGGCUCAUCUGGUGAGACAUUGCUGUGACUCUUUCUACAGAAAGUAUGAGGGCAGCAUUUGUCCCUACAAUGGAGACAGAUGGCACUUCUGGUGUGUGUGCCCAAGGCAGACAAGAAAGCGAUUCUCUGUCCCAUCUGAUCAGCUACUGCUUUCUCUGGAGUCAUUGUUCGGAUGUGCUUUUGGCUGUGGAUGGGAAGAACAGGUUUUGGAGGCUCGCUUGCUGCUCGUUGUGCACUGAGGCCAUGGCACCGUGGCUCACCGGAAUGGCAUCUCUCUCUCUUGCUGCCCUCGGACUCCUGCUGUCAGCUGUCCCUGCUGAUGCUGGGCUUUCUCAGAAGCAUGUUUCAGACGUCGUCGAUGACAGCAAAGACAACAUCACCAUUUUCACGCGCAUCCUGGACAGGCUGUUGGAUGGCUAUGACAACCGCCUGAGGCCUGGACUCGGAGACAGUGUAACUGAAGUCAAGACAGAUAUUUAUGUGACAAGUUUCGGCCCCGUCUCAGACACAGACAUGGAAUACACCAUUGAUGUUUUUUUCCGGCAAUCCUGGAGAGACGAGAGGCUGAAGUUUGACGGUCCCAUGAAGAUCCUUCCUCUGAACAACCUGCUGGCAAGCAAGAUCUGGACUCCUGAUACCUUCUUCCACAAUGGGAAGAAAUCUGUUGCCCACAACAUGACAACGCCCAACAAGCUGCUGCGCCUGGUGGAUAAUGGCACGCUCCUGUACACAAUGAGGCUAACCAUUCAUGCAGAGUGCCCCAUGCACCUGGAGGACUUCCCAAUGGAUGUGCACGCAUGCCCGCUGAAAUUUGGGAGCUAUGCCUACACAAAAACAGAGGUAAUCUACACCUGGACCCUGGGGAAGGAUAAAUCUGUGGAAGUAGCAAAGGGUGGAUCUCGCCUGAACCAGUAUGACCUGCUGGGCCAUGUUGUUGGGACAGAGAUGGUUCGAUCCAGCACAGGGGAGUAUGUUGUCAUGACCACGCACUUUCACCUCAAGAGGAAGAUCGGGUACUUCGUCAUCCAGACCUACCUGCCCUGCAUCAUGACGGUAAUCCUGUCCCAGGUCUCCUUCUGGCUGAACAGGGAGUCUGUCCCCGCCAGAACAGUUUUUGGUGUCACCACUGUGCUCACCAUGACCACGCUAAGCAUCAGCGCAAGAAACUCGUUACCUAAAGUGGCGUACGCGACGGCCAUGGACUGGUUCAUAGCCGUCUGUUAUGCCUUUGUGUUUUCUGCGCUGAUUGAAUUUGCCACUGUCAACUACUUCACCAAGCGCAGCUGGGCUUGGGAUGGCAAGAAGGUGCUGGAGGCCCAGGAGAUGAAGAAAAAAGAGCCAGUGGCACUAGCGAAGAAAACCAACAACACCUACAACAUAGUUGGCACCACGUAUCCCCUCAACAUUGCCAAGGACCCUGGCCUGCCCACCAUCUCCAAGAGUGCUUCUGCCACCGCUACUGCCACCAACGUACCCCCCAAGAUGCCCCGCUUAGAGGAGAAGUUCCCAGAGAGUAAGAAGACGUACAACAGUGUCAGCAAGGUAGACAAGAUGUCCCGCAUCGUCUUUCCAGUCCUCUUUGCCAUUUUCAACUUGGUCUACUGGGCCACCUACGUAAACCGGGAGUCAGCUAUCAAAGGAAUGAUCCCCAAACAAUAAAACCAAUCAAACAAACCUUCCAUCAGUGAGCACCAUCCAGGCAGGAAUUCUCCAGGGCUUUCUUCUUUUCCUGUUUUGUUUAAUUAUUAUUGUUCAUUUGAAAUUAAUGCUAUUAUUACUAUUAGUCCGUUC